UGGUACUGAAGCAAGUGAAGGUGGACACUAUUCGUGCGCGCUAGAGGUGAGGCGCUCAUGUUCUCUACAUAAAUUUAGUCUUCUUUUGAUAUCUAAACUUCUUUCCGCUACCUCGCCUCAUAUUCUCCCAAUUCUCGAGUUAUCAACACAUAACCUACACGAAGAUGGAGCCUGAAUGUGAAACAGACGAAGGGCCAGUCUUCUUCUCCUUCGACAGCGACCAGGGCAAUGGUUUUCUCAGUCCAGCGUUCCUCAGUUCCUUCCAACACGAGAACACUGAAUACAAUUGCAGUGAGCGGUUCUUCCAAGCAAAAAAAGCAUUAUGGUUCGAGGACGACAGUGGACUAUAUGAGGCCAUAGUGAGCGCGACAUAUCCUCAAGAACAAAGGGCUAUAGGCAAGCACAUCGAAGCCAGUAACCCCUUCUGGUCACGUAGCUGGGCGAUGACAGUGGCCUAUUCAGUUAUCAAUCUUGCAACGUGUCUAAAGUUCAUAGCUUCAGAACAUGCACCGAUGCUUGCGCAGAAGCUCAUGGCCACGGGACAUCGAGAGCUUGUUAUGGCAGAUCCAGAUGAUGUGUUUUUGGGCAUUGGGUUGGACAGGGUUUCAGCAGCCACACACGUCGGGCCUUGGCCUGGACGGAAUCUGCUGGGGGAAGUGUUGAUGGAAGUAAGGUUGAGUUUGAGGGUGGAGGCGAGUUUGCAGGAAGAGAGGAAGGUGUUUUCGAUGGCGAGGUUUCACGUGAUUUGUCCUGCGGUGUCGUCUUCUCAGGUUGAAGUAGCAGAAGAGACAGAAUAG